AUGGCUGAAGAUCCUGAUAUCUUGAGGCUACAACCGGGAGACAAUCCAGGAAUAAGCCUGGUCACCACAUUAUUUGAUGGAACGAACUUCCUUUCAUGGAGUCGCUCCGUAAAGUUGGCAUUGACGGCAAAAACGAAACUCUCCUUCAUCAACGGAGAAAAUCAAAAACCAGAAAAGAACGCCAAGGAGUUUGAGCAAUGGAUAAGGACGGACUCAAUGGUUGCUUCAUGGAUCCUGAAUUCCAUCAAAAGGGAAUUAGCAGAUUGCUUUAUGUACACAAACACAUCGACGGCGCUAUGGAAGGAAUUAGAAAACAGAUAUGGCCAAAGUAAUGGGCCAAUGGAAUACCAGCUCAAAAAGGAGUUGGGUGCUACCGUUCAAGGAACAUUAUCUCUGUCUGCAUACCUUGCCAAACUUAUGAAGUUGUGGAUGAAUUGA